CUCCGGGUCAGAUGGCGGCGCGCACAGUAGACGAGACAGCUUUGCGCGAGGUGUGAGCCGUGCUUUCUAAGUCGUUUGUUUGUUUGUUUGUCUGUCGACAUCGGCUGGAGGACAAAUAUUUCUGUUGUUGCUCUGAAGUGCAUUUCAUGUUUCGCGGACAGCCAGCCUGCGCGUCGACGUUCGUGUUAUGUCAGAGUGAAUAUUUCGCAGGUCGUGUCUGCAUAGGAAAUUUUCAAGUCGCCGGCAAUUUCACAUCCUGAAGACUCCACGUACAACAAAAGAAAUGAGUGACGCUGUGAUCAAGGAGUCACAAGAGCAGGACCGAAUGAGACAGUUCGUGCCCAGAGGUGUCUCUGAGAGCUGUUCUGCCCUGGAUCCCAUCAAGCGCCCCAGGGUCCUAGCAAGCUCGAUGAGGGCCCACUUGUCGAGGAGCGCGUCCCUGGACCGGAUCAGGCAGUUCCCCGCGUACUUAUGUGACUGCGGCGUCUUGCCCCAAGUGCUCUCCUACGUGCAGACGUCGAGCACGGCGUUGCAAGCUGGACUGACCCUCGUCAGGGGAUACCUCCUGUGUCUGGCCGUGUACUUCGGGCUGGUGGUGCUGGUGGUGGAACUUUCCGCCUGCUGCUGCGUGCUGUUGCUGGGGGCCAAGCCCUCUGGACUCAUAUUCAUGUUGGCAAGCCUCUUUGCUAUGUGUGGUAUGGCCUGCAAGACCAUAGCACACGACCCCUCGAAUCGCACGCAGUGACAAGAAGGAGGACUUGCCCUCUGCUUUAUUAUUCGUAAACCCAGAACGCUUGAACUAAUUAUUACAUUCCAGGAAAACGUCCAUCCGCUGACGCGUGUCUCUCUCUCAGCAGCACUGGGCAGGCCCUGCGAUCCGUGGUCCUGUCACUCCACGUGACGUCCGCUCAGUCGUGCUGAUAAUAGUUUAUGUCAGGAACAUUUGCCUUCCUGUUAAAUUGGCCAAAAGAAGGAUUACAGAGGCAUAUUCUUUGUUUUACCUGGAUUUAUCUGCGGAGUCACACGGUCGCUGAAUGUGUUAUUUUCCUUCUACAUAAAUAAAAUGAAAUUUAUUCUUAGAUUGAUACUUCCUGUGCUGUUGCAGAAUCCGUGGAAUGUACUGGAUAAACUCGUAUCUCUACCAAUUUUUAGCUUCAGAUCAAAGGUACUCAUCUCAUCUCAUCUUCAGUUCGCACUGUCGGGCUACGUGAGACGUAGACUUCUAAGAAUCACGAAAAAUGUCUCCGUAAGAAAUUUGUGGUUGCUACCACUUAUCCGUACAAACGCGUGCAUAACUUUUAUGAGGCGAACAGCUCUAACCUUUUCGUGAGGAGCGUAAUGUGCCGAAUAGGUUCAAACUCCGCCGCUGGUGUCGUUGCAGGUCCGAUAGUUUCUUGAGAGCGAGCGAGUAGCAACUGUUCUGGCAGCGGAUGCAAGUUUUGGUUGCUAGGCAACCAGCUUUUGUGUCGACAUUGUUCCUGUCGGCCAGUAAUUUGUUACGUUAUUAUUUAAUAUGCAGUAAAUUCUCAAUUCGUUCCAGUGCGUGAGAUUUCAGGUUUUCAUGGAGGCAACUGUCUUCUAGGGUGUUACGCCUUGUAGUGUAGGAGAAUUUGUCGGACAUUUCAGAGAUCGUUUCUGCCAUCGCUGCAUGGUGCAACGUCCCAGAAGACGGGCGUCUCUGCGUUUAGUUUGCGAGGCUUUUGAAUCUGAGGCCGUGCGUCAAACUUUGACGCACUCGUAGUUCAGUCUUCAAGAUUGCCAACUCCGUUUGGAAGUAAGUCGGGUAAGUAAAGAAUUCUUUCUGUCUUGCAGGAUUUAAUCUGAGCUCGGCCAAGACGUUGAUAAAUGGGAAAUAAAUGUCUCCGUGCACUGAACACAGCAGAGCCGGUCCGGUGUUGUUAGGCUCUCGUUUGCGGUGAGUGCGUGAUUAUGCAUUUUGUGUAAUCGGCUCUGCUGUGGUGUGAACCACGAAAGCGAGGCGGAAGACAUUUGUUUCUCAAAUUGUUCGGUGGCCUAACGCCGCGAACUCAUUUAACUUUCAUGCUCUGCCCUGCUGUUUAACGGGUAUUUAAGUUUCAAAAACUGUCAUUAUUUUGUACAGAUCGUGUGUAAUAAAGUGAAUUAAUGUGGA